AUGGCGUCCAAUUACGUGCACAAUCAUGGGUUCUCGCCUACCGGAGACAUAGAUACAGAGAACGAAGAGUUAAACCAGGACGUCAGGGGAACCAAAAACGGGACCGUUUCAUGCUUUCCACAUCUCAGCCGCCUUCCAGUCGAGAUUCGAUUGAUGAUCUGGAAGACGGCCUUUGACGCCGUAGAUCCUGCCGUAGUCGUCUGCUCCUUCUCAGAAGGCCGCCACAGAGCUUCAGUCAAUCAUCGGCACGCGAAAGCCAGCCGUCUACCACCUGUAGCGCUGGCAUGUCGUGAGGCGAGGAGGGAGUGGGUCCGGUGUACGCGGUCGUGCAGGUCUCCGGGUAGGAUGCCCGAACGUGUUUAUGUCCCCCGAACGGUGUUUCUCGUUCCCGCGGCCACAGUAGUCAGCUCCCGAUUAAGGGGACUCAGUCUAUCUAUAACGCACAUCGCCAUCGAUAUUGCCGAUAGUCCCGACGUGUUCCUGAUUUUUGAAGCGCUCGCCCGUUUCCCUCGGCUGAAGACCAUCAUCAUCGUCAUACCAUCGGGCGCCGUCGACGAGACUCAGGUUGUCGAAUGGCAACAAAGGCUAAGGGAAGACUUACAUGUUCUGCAAAAAAUUGGCGCUUUAGCAGAUGGUCUAUCGAGCGACGGCGAGUGGCACAAAGGGACAUAUCUUGGAUGGCUGUUCCGCAAUUACUUGGAAGGCCCACAGGUGAGGGCAUUUUAUGCGCGGGAUAACAGUCCCCGUGUCAAGCUCUUUAUUGACCGGUCAAGAUGGUCUCAAUCAAUCGGUGGAAACUUUGAGCAACCAUGGUCUCUCUUUCUUUCUUAA